GCCUGGGGGCGGGAGGAGCGCCGGUCCCCGCCGGGGCGGCGGCUGCGGCUCCCGAGGCGAGGGUGGCAGGGGCCCCCUGGGCCCGCGGGUGCGCGGGCACUUGUGUGAGUCCGGACUGCGCCCGGAGCGCUGCGGCUGCCCCAUCCCCCGCAUGGCCCUGCCGGCGGGAAAGGCCUGCCGCCAGACCGGCUGCGAAACGUGGGGUGAUGGCUUCUCAAGCAGGGUGGUAACUUAUUUCCACUGGACUGUAAUGCCAUAGGGUAACGCCAAAACCUGAAGUAACUUUUAAACAGACGUAUUUUUUUUGUUGGCCACUUUGACAUCUCUUAUGAUUUCAACCCAGGCAGCCACUUGCGUUCUCUCCAAUCAGUCAGAUCAGGGAGGAGAACUCAAAGGUUGAGAUAAAGACAGUUAAAUAAGGACACCAAAAGCCAUAAACACAACCAAAGCAAAAUAAGGAAUUCAUUCCUUGCCUCCAAUAGGCAUGCAGGUGUUCAGCCAUCUCCAGGAGAGCAAGGCCCCAUCAUGUGUGAUAGUGAUUUGAGCGGACAAGCAUCAUCCCUACAAAUGUCCCACCUUUCCUUCUUCUUUCCUCCCUGUUAUAUAUUGAGGAUGAUGUCAGAUGGUUGGGAAAUUCCUUUGGUCCGUUGGGUUUACCUGUCCCAGCUGUGUCUCCUCCCAGCCUCCCAUGUAACCCCAUGCACCCCCAACUUCCUCACCAGCGUGGAAGUAUGAAAAGCAGAGAUGACCUUGGCUCUGUGUAAACCCUGCUCAGUAGUAAUGAAAACAUCUUUGUAUUAUCAGCACUGUGUUCAACACAAAUUCAAAACUCAGCCCCAGACCAGUCACUGUGAAGAAAAUUUACUGUCUCAGGCAAAACAGCACAACAACUUGACUAAAUAUAGGAAGGACAGUGCGUGCUUGAGAAUGACAUCUGGUUGUUUCUGCUUCAGUCUUGAAAAAAAAUACUUAUUUUGGCAGGAACACAUCCCUGGAGAUUUUCUAAUCGAACAGGCUGCGUGUGGUCCAGCAUGAAUGCCCAACAAAGAGGGCAGAGUGUGCAGGAACAGAACAGGUCCAGCAGAACUUGGAAGAACAUGACUUCGGAUAAAGAGUUUGCAGAAGAUAGCAAUUUUUCGCCCAAAGCCAGCACCAGUAAGCUGCCGACAGAUGCGUCUCCCGACUCCAAAUGCCCCAUCUGCCUGGAUAGAUUUGACAAUGUUGCGUAUCUGGACCGCUGCUUGCACAGGUUCUGCUUCCGCUGUGUCCAAGAAUGGUCAAAAAACAAGGCAGAGUGCCCGCUCUGCAAGCAGCCCUUUUUCUCCAUUUUCCAUACGAUCCGUGCUGAAGAUGACUUUAAGGAGUACAUCCUGAGCCCUUUAGAAACCAGCUCUUUUGCCAGCCCCGACGGCCGGAGGUUUCGUUACCGCACUACCUUAACGAGGGAGCGCCGCGCGCGCAGCUCCCCUUCGCGCAGGAUGCUGUCCCCUCCAGAUAACGGGAUGCUGUUUGAAGGGCUGUCCGCUGAGCCAACGCGACACAGACACAGAGAGAUUCAGCAGAUGCUCAGGAGGCUGGCCUCGAGGAGGAAGGCCAGCGCAGAGGGCAGAUCUCUGCGGCAGAUUGAGGAGGAGGACAUGAUCAACUUCCGCAGGGCUCUGUACCGCACCGGCGUGCGCAUCCGCAGCAUUCAGGACGGCGGGCGGUACCGAGAGAUUUCGGCAGAGUUCUUCCGCCGCAACCCGGCUUGCCUUCACCGCUUGGUUCCUUGGCUGAAGAGAGAACUGACGGUCCUGUUUGGAGCGCACGGAUCUCUGAUCAAUAUUGUGCAGCACAUAAUCAUGAGUAACGUCACUAGGUAUGAUCUGGAAAGCCAGGCUUUUGCUGAUGAUUUGAAGCCGUUUUUGCUGAAUCGGACAGAACACUUCCUGCACGAAUUCAUCAGUUUUGCUCGUUGUCCUUUUAACUUAGAGGCGUAUGACCAACAUGCCAAUUAUGACUGUCCUGCGCCGUCGUACGAGGAAGGAAGCCACUCAGAGUCAUCAGUUAUUACAAUAUCGCCAGAUGUGGCGUACCCUCAAGGGCCGGAUAAUAGUUUGUCUGUUCCUGGUCUGGGUCAGGCCCCCUGGGAUGAUGAAACUCCCGGGCCUUCCUAUUCCAUUUCAGAAGAGGUUCGUGCAACCAUAGCUUGUCCUCUGGGGUCAUCAGAAAGUUCAGAUGAGGACUGUGCUCCAGGGAGUCAAAGAACUAAAUUGCAGAGUGAGUUACAGGCUAAUGCUGACUCAAAUGACAGUGGCUCCUCCUCAGACAAUUGUGUCAUUGUUGGGUAUGUUAAGCCGUUAGCUGAGAGGACACCUGAAGUGGUUGAGCUGUCCUCUGACUCUGAGGAGUCCAUCAAGGAGGAGAAAAAGGAAGAUGUCAAGAAACAGCAACCAGUCCAGUGUCACAGCUGGAGUGACAGUGAACCAAGCAGAAGUUUCUCACCCCAUUCCCCAACGUAUAGGGAGGAUGUAGGAAGUUGUAGAAGCUGUUUAUCUCCUGCAGUUGAGAAGACGGAAUCAAAAGAGGAUGAGAAGAACAAAUGUAAAAGAAAAGCUCUGCCUCCACAGGACUUGAGUUGGAGCCCCUCUCCAGGGAGUGACACAGUAUGCUCCCCUUGGAAUCACAGAUUGUCUAAAAAGGGAAAGUCCAGAAGCCCACAGUCCUGUUCACGGGACAGUCGAGGCAGUCAUGGCCAUCGGUCUAGAAGGGAGCGCCAUAGCAAAAGCCAACUUAAAAGGAGACGAUCAAGAAGCAGAGAUAGUAGCAAACAUAGGAGCAAAAGAAGCAGCAGAAGGUCAAGGGCUCAUGACACCAGAGCCUCUCUGAAAAGCCAGAGGGGCUCUCUAAGUGGUGAGAGCACUCCGUCCAGAGAAGUGAGCAGAUCACGUUCACGUAGCAAAGGCCACAGUAAAAGGAGAUCAAGAAGCAGAGACAGCGACCGCUAUUACGUCAGAGACAGUUAUCAAAGUAGACACCAGUGGGGUUCUGCUUUCUGUAGUCGAAAGGUGUUUGGAGACAGCUAUGAAUCCUCCAGCAGAAGGAGGACCCGAUCUAACACUCUUUACUCAAGGCAAUCUGCUAGUCCAGAAUACAGGAUACGAUCAUUUAUUGAGAGGACAGAUCUGCAUAGCCAGAGGGGACUCCACGAGAGGCACUAUUACUGUUACGAAAGAUGCAGGUCAAGGAGUCGGUCAAGCAACAGAUCAAGGACUCCUUCUGGAGGAACUGACAGAACAAAAAGUGAAAAGCCUGGUGGAAAAAGGAAGUACAAAACUCGCCACCUGGAGAAUCCAUUCAUGGAGAGCACAAGUCUAGAAAGAGAAAAUGACUCCAAGAAAACUUCCUCAAAAUUUGGUGACUGCUGCAAAAAUGAAGAUAGCCUGUCAGACAAUCAUGCAAGCAGCGAGACAAAGCGUAAGAAAAGGAAGAAGAAGAUGAGGAGUCCAAGUGUUGAGAUAGUCUACGAAGGAAAAGCAACAGACACAACAAGGCAUCUUAAAAAGAAAAAGAAAAAGCAUAAGAAGAAACACCGGAAACAUCACGCGAGUAACUCAGUACAUUCUUCUCCAGUGGUGAUUACAAUUGAUAGCGAUAGUAGCAAGGAACCAGAAAGGACUGAAUGGGACAGCACUAUUACAUGGACAUGCACAGCUCAGAUAAAUGAGAGGGAAAAUGAGUCUCCGUCUUCUUUUCUGAGGAGGACAGGAUGUGAGGAAACCGGAGGAGUAGACAAAAAGUGUGGUAUCCCUGCCACAAGGGAAGACUUAGAUAGUGGCAUUAGAAAUGCUGAUGUCAAGCUUCAAGAAGCAGCAGCUAAUCAGAGUGUUACCAUAGUGAAUACCAGCAGUAACACUUCUCACACAGGAACUGUGACCAGUUAUGUUCAGGAAGCACCAGCAGCGCCCUCCAGGCAACUGCCUUCCCCCAGGACUUCCUUCCUAGAAUGUCCAGAGAGAGAGCCAUUGAUACUGAGACUGCCAAAGAGACUUGUCAGCAGAUCCUCAUGGUUUGAUUUCCCAGAAGAAAAAAUGUAGUAGACUUUCCUUGGAACACUUGUUAAAACUGUGAAUUUAAGUACUUUUUUUUUUUUUUUUCCCUUGAGAACUAAACUGUCAGAUAGAGUUUCUUUCUGUUAAAAAGUCUAGGAAAUGUUUAAAGCUUUUGAAUGUGUAUGCACUUUUAAGUCAAAGAAGAUAGAAUAUUGCUAGUAUGUAAUUCCUAAAGUUUGUUAGAGAACUGUUUGGAGGUUUUAAUUUCAUAAAGCCAUCCACAGUAUUUCACAGUUUUAUGUAAACCAAACAACAGAAAAAAGAGCUGAAAACAAGAGCCAGGAAAUACAUUUUAUGGGGAUUGCUCUUUUUAGACAAGGGAAACAUUGUUUAGUUCAUAAAAAGUGAUUCAGUCUGAAUUCCAGCAUCAUUUCAAUCUCUUUGGUUUAAGCUGAUCUCUGCUGAGAAGUAGUUAGUGAUUUCUACAGAAAUUCUCAAAGGACUUUGAGUAAUUUUAAGGUAAGCUAUGUCAAAAUCUGAAUGAAGCAAUAAGAUUUUUUUUUGUUUGUUUAAAUAUAUUUGCAUAUGUACUGUGUGUUUUGUAAA